AAAAACAUUAUUUUAUUGACCUUUUUAUAAUAUGAUUUUGCAUAAUAAAAAUGCACUUUGCUUUUAUGUAGGCUGUAAAAAAAACUCAUUUGAUAUGUGUAAUGUCCAAAUAACCAUAAAACCAUAAGGGAUAAGGAUUUUGCUCAACAUAAUAAUUUUAAAACUUUAAGUUUAUUUAGCAGGAUCACAUUUUAUAAUUAGCCCACUUUGUUUAUGAACGGAGUGAAAAAUCCUUUCCAUAUGUUUCUGGUCCAUACACUGUAUGUUGUCUUGUCACCCACAGGCAUCUGAUGAUGCACAACAUACGUUCUCCUCGUGUCCUCUCUCUCUCUCUCCCUCUCUCUCUCUCUCUCUCUCUCUCUCUCUCUCUCUGAAUCUUUUUUUGGUUUAUUUCCUUGCCCAUCUCCCCUUAUACCUACGCGUCCUACCAGAAUAGCGCUUACACCGCCUUACGGAGCAAUCAGGUGGCACCAACUCCAACAUCUCGACAGCAUCAUUUCAAGCCCAACAUGCCAUCGAGGAGGUACCGAUGUACCCUCAGCUCUCUACAUCGGGCUAUUCUAUUCAAGCCAUAAUAAUGUGACACAUCGGAGGUCAGCCUUUACCUUCAAGGGCAUUUGAAAAGGCAGAGGAUGAGUUUCACGCUCCCCAAAAGCGAAUCGACGACCUCCUUGCUGAGAUCCUCUGCACCGGCCAGGAGCGCGGUCCAGCCGCCCGAUCAUCGGCGACCGCAGCAUCAGCGCUCCGCGGCGGCAUCUGGAGCGGAGCCGGCGGACUGCGAUGCGAGCUCGCGGAGACCCCUGUGUCACCCCUCACUGGUCGGUACCCGGAAUAGCGCAGAGAAGAGCCACCCACAACCCUCCCACGGACACGCUCUCUCCGCGGCUCGCAGUCAGGAGGACCUGUCGGAGCUUCCAGGUGGAGAAGAGCGCAAGACAACCAGGCGACAUCACCAUCAUCACCAUCACCAUCAUCACCACCACAAUCGUCAUCAUCACCAUCACCGCCACCGCUCCACCCGGGACGACCUGCCCCAGGAGCCCCGACCCAAGCACUCUCACGCCGCUCGCAUGCCCAGCAGAACUCAGUCUUUCUCCGAGUCUAGAGACGAGACGUCGCUCUUUUUUGAGUCUCCUCCGCCGGCUCGACCGGGCUCCUCCACGAGCAGAGAGGUGGGUCCAGCCUCCACCGCCUCAUCUUCGCCGGUGCCCGCGUCCUCCAGCCGCUCCUCCCGGAGGUCAGCGAGGUCCAGCGCAGCAUCUUCCGAAGCAGACUUCAACCUGCGACCCUUUCUCAGCUCAGUGUUUGGACAGAAUCGAGAGUUGAGACCUGAGGAGAUUGAUGAGCUGCGAGACGCGUUUAAGGAGUUUGAUAAAGAUAAAGAUGGCUUCAUCAGCUGUAAAGACCUGGGAAACUGCAUGAGGACUAUGGGAUACAUGCCAACUGAGAUGGAGCUAAUAGAGCUGAGCCAACAGAUCAAUAUGAACUUAGGUGGCCAUGUGGACUUCGAGGAUUUUGUGGAGUUGAUGGGACCUAAACUUCUUGCCGAGACAGCAGACAUGAUCGGCAUAAAGGAGCUGAGAAAUGCCUUCAAAGAGUUUGACACAAAUGGAGAUGGUGAAAUAAGCACAGGAGAGCUGAGGGAAGCAAUGAGGAAACUGCUGGGACAACAGGUCGGUCAUCGAGACCUGGAGGACAUACUGAGAGACAUUGACUUGAAUGGAGAUGGGAGAGUGGAUUUUGAAGAGUUUGUGCGAAUGGUGUCCCGCUGAGAGGGCAGCAUUUCUAUAGUGUCUCCAGCAAAAGAAACUGAGAUGCUGUACUGCUUCCUGCUGGUCAAAGCAGACAGAGUUUUAGACUACUGCAAGAAAAGCCUUGCUGAGCCACUGUUAUAUGGUAGAAAAACAGAAAACUGGACUUUUUCUGAAGAAAGAAAAAAAAAAAA